UUCCCUCCUCCCUAAGUACCGCAGAGGACGAAACAGAGACUUGACAAGACAGAAGCACCAUCCAUCUCACAGAGACACCCCGAGAGAGAGAGAGAGUUUAAAAAAUGGAGAGGGCGUGUUAGAGACAGAAACGUGGUGCAGAGAUGCUUUAGAGAGAGAGAGAGAGAGAGAGAGAGAGAGAGAGAGAGAGAGAGGAGGCAGAGGGAGUCGCAGGUUUUGGAAUAUCGUGUCGGGGGUUGGUCUGAUUUGGGAGAGUUUUGGGGGGGCUGUGUGGUGCUGUUCUUUUAAGGUAAGACAAUCACCACCGUAUCGUAUGUAUCUCUGCGUCCGUAUACGGUGAAUAUACAAACAUUUCAUCUCCUCUGUCUCUGCGAGAGUUGGGGGAAAGAGGGAGAGAGGCACAGAAGAGAGAGAGACAGAGAGAGAGAGCUCUGGCAAUUGGCCCAGAGUGUGUAUACAACACUAUAUAUACACGCACGCAUAAAAACACCCAAAGUAACAGUUUUUAUAGUUUCUUGAGAGACCCAAAGAAAAGGAGGAGAGAUACCCUUUACCAGGAGCAGCUCAAGAAUCUGAUAAUGGCUGGGCUCUGUUUAUGUUUCAAGUUUUAAUGGAAGAUUUGUGAUGUCGGGGGGAAUGCUAGAGAGAAUCUGAGCCUGAUUCCAAUAACCUCAGAUUCUUCUGGGUCGGGGGGAAGUUUCUAAAAGGAUGUCCAAAAAUGGCCAUCUCCCUCGUUUUGGUGUCCUUUUGCUGAAUAAAUCUAAUCCUCCUCCUCCGUUUAUUUUCAGAGAUUAACAUGUGCUUUUCACCAAACAUGGAUGAUGAAUACGAGAAGCUCAUCAGGAGAAUGAACCCCCCCAGGGUUGUGAUUGAUAAUGAUUCCUGCAAAAAUGCCACAGUCGUAAGGGUGGACAGUGCAAACAAGCAUGGAAUACUUCUGGAAGUUGUGCAGGUCCUCACUGAUCUCAACCUUAUCAUCACCAAAGCCUACAUCUCCUCUGAUGGUGGAUGGUUCAUGGAUGUGUUCAAUGUUACUGAUCAGGAUGGGAACAAGAUCACUGAUGAAGAGGUUCUGGAUUACAUUCAUAAGGUGAUUCCUAAUCACAAAAUUAUUCUUCCUUUUCUCUUUGAACAUUUCUAUGUCGAACCUAACACUUGUACUGGUCUGCUAAUCCAGUCUCUUGGACCUGAAUCGUGUUUCACAUCCUCGAUGAGGUCGGUUGGGGUCACGCCCAAGAUGGACCACACUGUGAUCGAGCUGACGGGGAGCGACAGGCCUGGCCUACUCUCAGAAGUGAGCGCUGUCUUAACCCAUCUCAACUGCAAUGUUGUGGGGGCCGAGGUCUGGACCCACAACACACGGGCUGCUGCGGUUAUGCACGUGACCGACAGGGAAACCAACGCUCCCAUCACCGACCUGGAGAGGCUCUCGAGGAUCAAGGAGCUGCUUUGCCAUGUCCUCAAGGGAAGCAACAGUUCCAGGCGUGCUGCCAAGACUGUGGUGUCACAUAAGCAGACAACUCAUACUGCGAGGCGGCUCCACCAGAUGAUGUUCGCUGACCGGGACUACGAGCGGGCGCCAGGCUAUGAGAUGGCUGAGGCAUCAGAGGAUGAGAAGCAGAGGCCGAUGGUUGAGGUCGUGAAUUGGUAUGACAAGGACUAUUCUGUGGUCACGAUAAGGAGUAAGGACCGGCCAAAGCUUCUCUUCGACACAGUGUGCACUUUGACCGAUAUGCAGUAUGUGGUUUUUCAUGCAAAUAUCAACGCCGAAGGACCGGAGGCCUAUCAGGAUUAUUACAUCCGGCAUCUAGAUGGAUCCCCCGUGAACUCCGAUGCAGAGAGGCAGAGAAUGAUACAGUGCCUCGAAGCCGCCAUCGAGAGGCGAGUCUCCGAGGGCCUGAAGCUCGAGCUGUGCACAACUGACCGGGUCGGUCUCUUGUCUGAUGUAACCCGCAUAUUCCGAGAGAACAGUCUCACCGUCAUGAGAGCGGAGGUGACGACAAAAGAUGGGAAAGCCAUCAACACAUUCUAUGUCCGGGAUGCUUCGGGGUAUCCGGUGGACGCCAAGACCAUUGACUCGAUCAGGCAGGUGAUUGGGCAGACGAUCCUAAAGGUGAAAGGCGGCCUUGAGGAUUCCAAGGCUGUCGCUCAGGAAUCUACCACUAGGUUCCUCUUCGGUGGUCUCUUCAAGUCGAGGUCCUUUGUCAAUUUCGGCUUGGUCAGGUCCUACUCCUGAGGAAGUCACCUUAGCCUAGUCCCACUCUUGUACGUAUACCCUUUAGGUAGUAUGACUGAGUCUCUGGUUCAAAUUAUCUAGGAAACGAGCGAUUCAUUUAUGUGAUCGCACUCUCAACGUAGGUCUGGGAUAAUCUUGUAAAUACAUGAUCAUUCCCGUCUUUUCUACUCUCUGAACUUGUAAUUUGUUCAUUGGUGCAUCCAACUAAACGUUGGAGGGCACAAAAACAAAGAAGGAAGCCCGAUCCUGCGCCGAACGCACAUGGGUCGAACCUGUUCUCCUCUUCAUGAAUUGAAUGGAGUCCUUUAGUUUCUGCCAUA